CAGAGGCAGGCAGACCGCAAUGCGUCGCGUCGCCUCGCCUCGACGUCGUUGUUGUACCGCUGCUGCUGCUCCGAGUCCCAGGCCCAGGCCCAGCCAGACCCAGCCAGACCCACAGACCCACAGAACCGCCGCAGAACCGCAACCACAGACCCGAAACCACAGCCAGAGCCCAGAGCCGGAGUCGGUCUCGUCUCGUCUCUUGUCGAAUUACACACAGCACUCGCUUCUCUUCCUGCCUCCCAAUAAUUGCUAUUAAGUGCCGCGCGGGAAGCAACCACACGGAAAACCUGCUGCGGAAAUCGGAAACUGAAAGUUCCAACCAAAAAUAAUAAUAAUAAUAUACGCUUUUUCGCGCCACUUUUGAGCCACGCCCGUUGGUCGCCGCCCCCCCAGUUCUGAUAAACCUCCCCGGCACUGGACAGGCGGACAGCUAGUGCAAGUGAUAAUAAUUUAAAAAAAAAGAAACAAGUGAUAAAAACAAAAGUUAGAUAAAAACUUUGGAACACCAUCAAACACUGAACCACUCCCACGAAGAGAGACUGCAAGCAGGAGAGCAGGAGAAAGAGGAAGGAAACGCACUUUGAUGGUCUGCAAAACUAUCUCAUCGAGUGUCAAGAUGCAGCUGAAGAUGGAAACGCAGACAACGCAGCAGCAGCAGCAGCAACAAUUGCAACAGCAGCAGCAACAACAGCAACAACAGCAACAGCAGCAGCAGCAGCAGCAACAGCAGCAGCAGGUCCUGACCAAGCAGCAGAUUCAAUUGCUGGACAAGAUCAAGCUAGAGGCAAGCAAUGGAGCCGAGCAGCUGAGCCAGCAGACAGCCAGCGCACUGGAGGAGCAACAGGAGCAACAGCAACAGCAGCAGCAGCAGCAACCAGCCACCUCCGUGGGUGUGGUGGUGCAGACGAGUCAGGGAGCAGUCAGCAGUGAGCCGGAGGAGCAGUACGUGGUGGUGCCACGCAUACAGCAGCGACGCAUCCUUACCACAGCGGGGACAUUAGAGUUGAACGAAGCUCGUGAGGGAGAGCCCAGCAGCGGGAGCUCUGGUUCCGCCUCCGAGGGGCACAUCGAGUACCAGCGCAGCUCCCACCACUCCCCAGGAGCUGCACACGCGACGCACUACGUCCAGAUGGCGCCACGCAACGCAGAAGUGCCAGAGGUGGCGCCAGGCGCGCCACCGGGCACCCUCUACGCCUAUCCCUCGGGGCAGAUCAUCUGCAGCGGCGAGGAUGUGGCGGCCAUCAAGAUAGAGACCAUCGAGAAGGGAGAGGUGCCGGGGGAAUCGCAGCAGUCCCAGCAGCAGCAGCAGCAGCAACAGUUGCAACAUCAGCAGCAGCAGCAACAACAGCAGCAGCAGUGUCCCACCCCCAAUGGAGCCGCCUAUGGGGAGACUAUUGUGAUCAGUCGAGAGGCAGAGGCACUGCAGCAUCACCACCACCAGCAGCAGCAACAGCAGCAACAUCCGGCGUCUGGGGUGCACAUCGCCAGCAGCUCCCAUGGCGGCACCGUGCGAUUUGUCUCCGAUGAUGGACGCUUCGCCAGCGCCGUGCCAGAGGCAGCCGGCUCCACGCUGUACUACGACGUGCCCGUGGUGGACGCCAGUGUCCAUGCCAAUGAGUCCAAGACGUAUGCGGAUCUGGGCAAUGCCUAUGCCUUCCCGCCCAGCUCCAGUUUCACGAGCAACAGCUACGCGGCCACGCUGCAGCAGACGAACACCAUCUACACGGUGCCCGGGGGCCAGUUCCUGACCAAGUCCGAGGCGGGACUCAACUCCCUGCGCCAGGCGGGUCCGACGACCUUCCUCAAUCACUUCCCGGACGGCAGCCAAGCCAUCGACCUGUGGACAUCGCCCGCACCGCCAGAGUACCAGAACGCGCCCUUUACCAACUUCCAUCCGCAGGUGAUGGAUGAGUACGCGUCCAGCAACAUGACCGCCACCCACUGGUCGCCCGCCGGCAGCAUCGGGCAGUACGACGGCAGCCUGGUGACAGCCUCCGCCACGUCCUCCCCGAAUCACGACCUCAAAUGCGAGAACUGCCACUCGCCGUUCGUGCGCAAGGGCUCGGAUUUCUUCUGCCCCAACUGCACGGGCUUCAUACGCAUGGCCCCGCGCAUGCCCCAGCGGCAGGCGAAGCCAAAGACCGCCGCGGCACCCAACAAUCGUCGCAAUGGAGUGACCUGCGCCAACUGCCAGACCAACUCGACGACGCUGUGGCGGCGCAACAACGAGGGCAAUCCCGUGUGCAACGCCUGCGGGCUGUACUUCAAGCUGCACAACAUGAACCGCCCGCUGUCGAUGAAGAAGGAGGGCAUCCAGAAGCGGAAGCGCAAGCCAAAGAACAAUGGAGGAGCGCCCAUGCACCGGGGUGCACCACUGCCAAGCAUGUCGCAGGGUGUCAAUCUGAUGGGGAACAGCGCCCCCCUGUACCCAUCCCAAGUGCCCGUGAAUAUGCUGAAUAGCCAGCAGCAGAAUGCCAGUCCCGAGCUGCACGACAUGUCCGCGACGGGACCGGCGGGUGGUGGCUCCCGUGUGGGGACCAUUCAGGUGAAUGCCUCGGGCGCACCGCCCAGCUCCGAUGGAUCGCUGAACAUGUCCGCCCGACACCAUGUCACCGGAGAGAGCCAUUCGCCGUACAGCCAACAGACGACGCCCUCGCAGAGUCAGUCGCCGCACCUACCCAGCCCCGUCAGCCUUAAUCGCCAGAUAGUCCAGCCAGUACCUGCCAUCGAGAGCGGUCGCAGUUCCAUCAACAGCGAACUCACACCGAGCGUCAUAACGCGCACUGGACUGCCGGAGCGAUCAUCGAAUAACUAAACUUUAGUACCAACUAAAAGUAACAGUAAAAGUAACAGUAACAGUAACAGUUAAAGUAAAUGUAAACGCCAACCAAAAUGUCAAGAUUGCCAAAAUAUUUAUUUAAGUCCUAGCCUUAGUUAUCUACUAAACUAUGCGAGUAUUUAGUAUCCAAUGUCCCAGUUAGAAAGCGAGAGAAAUCGGAAGGAAAUACUUGAAAAGUUGCUGGGCAAAAACUUCCCAUCAAUCAUUCUUCCGCUUAGUCAAUCAUUUGAAAUGAUUUGUGGAGGCAGCGAGCACUCUAGAAGUAAUUUAGC